GCACAGGCCAGCCCCAGCCCCAUGGAGGAGGCCGCCGGUGCCACAGCAGAGGGAUCUGGGGUGGAAUUCGGCUCCGCUGAGCGAGAUACAAUCAGAGUUCCGUCACAUCUUGCUAUGGAGGCAAUAGAGGCAGAAAACGGGAACGACAGUGAAGAGGAAGAGUCUGUUCCUCUGGAGGACCAAGACGAGACAUUUCCCCCAGCAGAAAGAGGAGCCUGUGGAGCCACAGAGCUGUUUGUUAGUUCUGCAGAAUUUUAUUGCUGCAAACACAAAACCAAUCAUUAUUGGAAUGGAGAGAAGCUAAUUGGUCAAGAAAAGUCUCCUGAGACUUUCUCGGACAAAGUGGAAUUAGAGAGUUGUCCUCCUGAAUUGGGUGACAUGGAGCAGCCAUUAACAGACAGCAGAAACCCUUCCCACGCGUCACCAGGAGCUCCUCCGCAGGCGUCUGCGUUGUCAGUGGAGUUGAACAGCAGCACAGAGUCGGAGUCGGCCUUUGAGCAAUUUGAUCAGCUAGCUAGUGAGCAUGGCGGCCAGCGAUGGGAACAGGAAAGCCAGCAGCAUGGAGCUGAGGAAAAUGAAAUAAGUGGAAGAAGUGAGGAAACCAUAGAAGAAACAGAACUGGUUGUCUUGGAUCCAGAACAUCCUCUGAUGAGAAGAUUCCAGGCUGCCCUGAAGAAUUACCUUACUAAGCAGAUGGAAAAAGUGAACCUAGAGCUUCAGGAACUGAGGACAGCAACGAAAAAGGGCAAAGCACAGAGAGAGGAGCUUGGGGUGAUUCUUUACGGAGCGCAGCAGCAGCUGGCCCGUCUGCAGAUGGAACUGGAGAAGAGCCAUGGCCACCGUUCUCAGGCAGCCACAGUGCGUCAGCAGCUGGAAGAGGAGCUGGAGGGCCUCAGGCUUACUCACAAGAAAAUGUGUCAGAACACAGAUGAUGAACGCAAGAAAGUUUCUGCAAUGCAGACUCAGGUUGAAAACCUGGCCUUGCAUCUCUUCUACAUGCAGAAUAUGGACCAGGAUAUGCGUCACAAUAUUUUACUAAUGAAACAGUCGACAAAGAAGGCUGAGGCAGAGAGGUUCCACGCUGAGGUGGAAAAGAAAAAACAGGAUCUUCUAGUAGACCGCUUAACAAGAAAAGCCUAUGAACUCCAAGAACAGAUUGCUCUGCUUGAAGCUCAGUUUGUGGCCCAGGCGGAGGACACAAAAUUAACUCGGCAAGCAGUAAAUGAGGCUUGUAUGGAGGUACAGGCUAUUAACAUGGAGAAAAAGCGAUUGAUGAACCACUGGAAUAGCAGCUUGGCUGGAAUGAAGCAAAGAGAUGAGGCCUAUAUUGCCACACAAGAGUUGCUUAGCAAGUACAGACAUGACCUCAAGUCCCUAGAAAUGGACAUCCAUGGUUGUAGAAAGUCGAUCAGGAAGGAGGAGGAGAAGAAUGAGUUGCUUGUCACCAUCCUGAGCCGUUCACAGAACGAUGCCAACACGACAAAGAAACUGAUUGCCCAGUGCCUUUCGAGGCAGGAGGCCUUGAAGGUUGAAUUUGGCACCUAUACUCGCAUUCUCCAUGAGACAGAGCAGACCCUCAACAGGACCAAGAUGGAUCAAGCCGCUCGGCUGAAUGAGUUGCUGUCCAUCGGUAAGGAUAUAGAGAAAGGAACUGAUGCCAAAGACCAGAUGGAGAAUGAAAUCGUGGCAAAGCUUCAGGACCAGAUGAUGUCCAGCAAAGCCACAAAGCACUUCUCACAGCUGGCUGCAAAACUUCAUAGGAGAAAAACAGAUUUGGAGCUGCAUUUUUCCAAGGUUGAGAAUGAUAUGGCCCAGGUUAUUCUGAAUGCAACUCAUACCAACGGCAGGCUGACAGUUCUCCAAAAGACACUUUGUGAGCUGGACAAGGAAAUAAAAAAUAUCCAUGAUCUGAUCAGCUGCAGGGAAAGUGAGAUUGCAAAGGGCAGUGUCCUGACUGAGAACAAGCGAGGGGUCAUCAGCCAGUACAACAAGAGGUUGGAGAUGAUUCUUUCUCAGCAGGGGGGGCAAGAAUUGGCACCACUGGAAAUUGAGAUCAACAAGCUGACCAAGCAGAUAGAAGAAUGUAAUUCUGAGGCGAUGACACUGCAGAAGUACUGGCUCAAUCUGCAGAAAGAGCUGGUCAAGUUAACACACGAACGGGAGGAACAAAUAGCCUCCUUAGAUAUGUUAAAGAAACAGAUCACAAUAAUGCAGCAGAAGAAAGUGCGCACUGAAAAUGAAAUUCAGCAGGAAACGAAAGAACAAAAAUACAUCGAACGUCACAUGAGGAACAUGUCAAAUGACUUGAUAAAGUUGAAUGUGUUGAUCAACAAGAACAACAGCAGCUUCGAGGAGCUGCAAUAUGACAACAUUAUCACAGAGAACGAGUUUGUACGCUCUCUCAAGGCAGCAGAAAAAGAAUCGGUUGAGAUGCAGGAGAAGCACAGUCAAUUGACUGAGGAGAAGGAAAGACUCCUAAGCAGCCUGGUGGAAGCAGAGCAUCAAAUCAUGCUAUGGGAGAAGAAGAUCCAGCUGACAAGAGAGAUGCGUGCAGCGGUGGAUUCUGAGACAGGACAAGGCGAAAUCCAAGCCAUGAGAACAGAGAUCCACAGGAUGGAAGUCCGCUAUGGCCAGCUCAUGAAGCAGCAGGAGAAGAUGAUUCGUGAUAUGGAGGCAUCUGUUUCUCGUAGAGAGGCGAUAGUGAUUCGUGGAGAGGGUCAGAACAAAACAGAUAAGAAACGCAUCACCAAGAGCGACUUCUACCGCAAGAAACAGGAGCUGAGAAAGAAGAUCAGCGAAACCCAGAAGAACGCUCAAGACUGCAGCAAAACCAUCCUGGAGCUGGAGAGCACCCAAGCAUCCCGUAGUGCCGCCUUCUUGGAAAAGCAGCAAGAAUUGCGCAGGCUGCAGGCUGAGUCCGAUGGCCUCGAUUCAGACGCAGAAUGUCUUCGGAACAAGAAACGAUGGAACCUUUUGGAGAUUGUGGCCUACCAGACACGCCAGAAGCAUCUGCAGGCGCUGAAGGAGGGGAAGUACGCUCCCCUGUGCCACACUGAACAAGCCUGGCGAAACGAGCAGCAGAAACUGCAGGACCGGCUCCGUACCAUUAACGCCAUUGUCCACCAGAUCCAGGAGGAACAUCCUGAGCACCAAAGGGCUCUGCGGUGGCUCAGUCAGUGCUUGGAGUCCAGGCUCGGCUCGUGGGAAACCUAA